UUAUUUUGAUAUUUCUUUUUUUUUUUCUUUUCUGUUUUUAUCUGUUACUUUUUUUUUUAAGGAAUACGAUCUAACGUAAUAAACUUUCGAGAGAAUUCAUCGAAGACAAUAAGUAUAUCGCGUUGCUUAAUGAGAUAUAUUUGUACGCUUCGGAUAUACAUAUUCUAGGAUUAAGGAAUCCUGCCGAUUUUGCGGUGGAGUCGCGAAAAGGGAGGAAAGAUGGUGAAAGAGAAGGAGGAGGAAGAGGACGAUGAGGACGACGACGACAACGAAGAGUAGUCGAAGGAAGUCGCAAGGGGAGUGAGUAUAAAGAUCUCUCAAGACGCUCUCCUUCGUCCUUCUACUUUAUAUCGUUCCGGCGUAGCGUCUGGAAUGGUGCUCGUACUUAAAGGUGAGUUUACUCGCUGAGGAGUGAGACUGAAUCGAAAGACAGAGGGACGAGCACCGGUCUAGACUGCCGGCAGACGUUGCAAAAGGACUACGAUAUACACGUGGCCGCACCUAAGGAUGGAAGGACGCACCGACUAGUUUCCGAUGCCUUUUACUCCUGCUCGUAUAUCCGUUCUGCGCCUAUCGACCUAUGUAAUGUCGUCUAUCCAUCUGUCCAGAGUAACCAACCAUAAAUCCGCUUACUAAGAUUGAAAGUUCAUAAACAAGGAUGCGCGCAAAGAGAAAGUCUAUCUUUCUAAAGAAAAUCUUAAUCCAACUUUUCAACAAAAUAUGAUUAAAGAAAUGCUGAUUGGAAAUUUCACUGGACAUUUUAAUUCUUUCGUUAAGAAGUUAAACUCCGCGGGAUAUUCAAGCUGGUACCUGUUUUCCAACAAAUGAAAAUAAAGAAAGAAACGAAGGUGAGGCUUUGCAAAACAAAGUAAUUCUUGAUCGUUUAUCGGCGCCCUAAAGGGGAAUUCAUUGGAUGACGUUGCGACGGAUACGCGAAGAGAACGUUUCUGGACCCAAAGAUAGAGAGAGAGAGAGAGAGAGAAUGAGAGAAUAAGAGAAAAAGAGAGAAAGAAAGAGAAAGAGAAAGAGAAAGAGUCUAGACCGUUGGCAGACACAGCAAAACAACGAGAGGCAGCAGUCAGGUGAGAUCCCACUUCUUCUCUCACUAGAUACAAGCUGGCUUGCCUCGCUUGACACCGACCAAUCGACCGACCAACCGACCGACCGAUCGACGUUGCGGCGCCACAAAAAAGAACGAAUACGUGAAUAGAUUUUGUUACUUGCUUUUUACCUGGAACAUUGAAAUCUAUCAAAUGCAAAGAAAAUUUAUCCGAUAAACGAGCAAACCAUUAGAAAAGUUAUUAUACUGAUGAGAAGUAACUAAUAAGAAAUAUCAAAUGUAAGUGAAUACUUUCAUGUAUUUCUAUAAGAUAUUUUGAGUAAUUGUACAAACAUACAAGAAUGUCCUAGAGAUUUUUCUUAAAGUAUUGAGGAAAAAGAAAAAAGAGAGAAUCUCAAGAUUCUCAAUGUCCAUCAAUGUGUGGUUUCGACGGUCUUCCUUUCGCCAAAGCAGAACACGAAUUUUCUUUAUUCACGCGCUUGCACGCGACCAGCCACGAAUACAGAAAUGCAACGAGUGGAAACGGGAUUCCCAUAGGCAGAAAGGGUGGCCGCGGGAGAGAAGCGGAGGAGCAAUAAUUCGUGUCGUAAGGCAACGGGACGCGAAUCUACCAAGGAGAAAGGAUAAAAAAGGCGGAAGGUAAAUAAGUAGAAGAGGCAGAUGAGAUGUGAAGUACGAGGACAGGAGGGUGCCGCUUCCACCGCCGCCGCCGCCGCCUCCACCACCACCGCCGUCCAAGUCGAAGUCCGAGUAGAAUUAGCGGAAGUCGCAAAGCCGGAGACAGGGUCGCUGGCGAUCGUCGAGGCAACGAGACGUCACGACCGAAACUGGGGCGGGCCGCCUGAGAUGACGGCCCUGCGACGAUCCUUCGCGGCACCCGCUUACAAGAGCUCCUUCGUCCUCCUGUCCCUCCUUGGUUUGCUGCUACGGAUAAACCCUACCAUUGGUGGUAUCUGUUGGUCAUCGAUCAGCAAUGGCCGCUGCAAGGAAUUAUUGUCUCAAGGUGUCACGAGAGAAGACUGUUGCGCGUCGAAUGCGGCUGCAGCAACGGCUUACUCGGAUGAAGAUUUGGACAGUGGAAGUCUUUUCUUUUGGAGAGUUCUCGGAGGUGGCGUUCAAUGUCGACCUUGCAGAGAGAGUUGCGCGGAAGUGAAAUGCGAGGAAGGGAAAAAGUGCGUAGUGCGGAGGGGAAGGCCUCGAUGCGUCUGUAGCCCCGAAUGUAAAGCACCAAGAGGGGGUGGCCCAGUCUGCGGAACGGACGGAAGGAGUUAUAAGAGCUUGUGCAGGCUCAAGAAGCGAGCUUGUAAGAAGGGGAGCCACGAGCUUGCCGUUGCCUACACCGGCCACUGCCAAAGUUCGUGCGCACGGGUCCGGUGCGGCCAAGGUCGGAGCUGCCUGCUGGACCAGAACCUAAGUCCUCACUGCGUGAGGUGCGCCCGCAGGUGCCCGCAAGCACCCUCGCACCAGCUCGCAGCCGCGCGCCCCGUUUGCGGGGCCGACGGAAACACCUACAAGAGUGCCUGCCACCUGCGACUCGCCGCCUGCCGCGCGGGUCGCGCCAUUCCGGUCGCCUAUAAAGGUCACUGCAAACAGAACGCGGAUUGCACGACAAUUCGCUGUCGAGAGGGGCAGACCUGCCUGACGGAGAUAAAGUCCGGUCGGCCGCGUUGCGUGACCUGCACGUACCGUUGCCCCCGGAAGCGGGAGCGCGUCCGGAACCGGACGCACCGCGAUCGUGAUCGGGAUCGAGAUCCAUCGACGACCAUGCUGUGCGCGACCAACAACAUCACCUAUCCCAGCUGGUGUCACAUCGUCAAGGACGCCUGCGUCACCGGCUUCGUUCUCGAGACGCGACAUGCCGGACCCUGCAACGCCUACGACACGUCUCCCCUUUAUAUCGGUGAGCAACCAAUCCAACGAGGCUCGAACCUACACGUCACCCACACUCACGCACGCACGCAUAUGUAUACACACAUAAAGAUAAGUAAAGACUCUAUUCGUAGAAUCGUUGAUAUUCCGUGCUCUAGGCUUCCAACUAUAAAGGACGCUUAGUUUAUUUUUAUCCAGCUCGUUUCGGAUCGACGACGAAACGUUUAUUUUAGAUUUCGCCAUCAUCACCACCACCACCACCACUACCACUACCACCACCACCACCACCACCAUCAACAUUAUCGCGAGAAAAUUUAUGCUCUCCGUAUUUAUCUAUAUUUUCGUCUAGGCUACCAUCGAUCUAUCCAUCUUUCUUACUUGUUUACUUUAUUUAUUUCUUUGUUCUUUCUUUUUUUCUUUCUUUUUCUAUUUCUUUCUUUUUUUUUCUUUUUCUUUUUUUCUUCUCUUCUCUUCUCUAGUACUCUCGGAAUAUGGCGUGGGCCAUUCAAGCGCCAUCCGCUUGAACGACCGAUCGACAGGGUAAUCCAGCGUGGAAUUCGCCUUGCUCGAGUCGCGUCUGCAAAUAAACGCGCCCACGCAGCCAACGCAUCACAGUCUCCGAGAAAUAGCCAAGCGUCGAAACCGGCAACGAGAUCGGAGAACCGGAAAGGAAUCGGAUAGAAAUUUCUCGUACUCUUUCGUGGAUUCUUUUCCCGUUACCAUAUAUGUAUUCCAAUCAUUUAAAGUUCUUAUUUUUUCUUUAAAUCGUGAUCGGAUUUAAUGUAAUGCCGUUCUCUAAUCUCUCUU